AUGUAAUAAUUAAGUGGAUAAGAAAUUUGGAUAUAAUUUUAUUUAAAUAAUGGAUUAGCUAUUUUUUAAAAGUAUGGAUUAUUAAAUGUUGAUUCAAUCAAUAUCUUACCACAAUUAGACAAAAUAAGCAUAAAUUAUUAUCCGAGUAUUCAUAAGAUAAAUAUAUAUAAUGAAUAGAAAUAAUUAAUAUAAUCAUCUGAUUGUAAUUUGAGAGCCAAAGUAUGCAAUUUAAUAGGAAAUCUUUGUCAACAUUCUUCUUUUUUUUAUUAGCAUUUAUUGAAAUUUGAAUUAAUCAAUCUUUACAUAAAAUGUUGUUGUGACCCUGUAAAAACACAAGAAAAUUUGCUUGUUCUUGCAUAUUUGGAAAUGCAAAAUUUCAUAGUGAUAUGCAAUAAGAGCAUUUAAGACCAGUUAUCCCAUAAUUAGUUGAAUUAUUCAAAAAUUUAGAAGUAUCAAAUGAUCUAAACUCUACCAGAAAAAAACAAGAUUCAAUGCAGCAUGAACUUAAGGAAAUUUAGUUAAAAAUUCAAAUAGGCUGAUUAAAGACUUUAAAAACAUGGAGCUUUAAAUUAGUUAUUAGAAUUAGUGAAAUCUGAUUAAACAACUCGAAUAUCUUUAUUUUCGAUAGGAAACUUAGAUCAAUAUCCUGAUGUAAAAGAAAAUUUGAAGAAUUAUUAAUCCGAUAAAUCAUAGCACUAGUAUAUAUUUAAUUAUUUAUUUUAGGCUUCUACUAACGAUUAAUAAAUUUAGAGAUAUGGAAGAAGAAUCUUAAUAAAUUUGA